AGGAAGUGCCGUCACUUUUAUAGUUGUGUUAACUUGCCCUGAGUGCUGUCUGUCAGGUACGCUGCGCAAAGCACAAAGCCUGAGUGGCUGAUUCAGGAUGAAUUAACCCUGGACUGACCAGAGGACUAUCCGGAAAACCACACAUGAACAAUACAUACAGCAGGAUGAAGAGAGGUUAAAAAUGGCAACAAACGGGAAGGUUGUUGGUCGUUCCUGGAUCGGUCUCUACUUAAAUGCAACAAAAUGGAAGUGGUCCGGAGGAGGAGAUGCAACAAACAUACUGUGGGGUGAGAAACAACCAAAUCUAAUUGGCUAUGAUAAGGUUGUUUCUGUUUGUUUGCACACCUGUAGAUGGAAGGGAUUUCACGAUACUAGAUCAUAUAGAACAAUGACCUUUUUCUGCUUCAAUCUGAUCGUGCCGCAGUUCAAGAAGACAUGGGAGCAGGCGAUGUUGUACUGCACACAAGAACACAAUGCACUCACAAGCCUGAACUCUGAGACCGAGCACCUUCUGGCCUUGAGCGAGAUCAAGCACAGCAACAUCACUGAGCGGGUGUGGAUCGGCCUGCGUUUCCUGGAGGACCGCUGGCUGUGGGUGAAUGGUGACUCUCUGGAGUACAAGGCCUGGCCCCAAAGUGGAGAUCAGGAUCACGAGUGUCCAAUACAGAAACGCUGUGGAGCUUUAACCAAAGAGGGAGUGUGGGAGAACUGGGAAUGUUGGGACAAACUCAACUUCAUCUGCUAUUAAAUCUCAUUCAUAAGAUUUCAGUUUUCAACAGCUCACUCAUGCUGGAAGUGAAAUGUUAGAUUUUGUUUUAAAAGGCUCAGUCCAAAUGUUAUUCACAUAGUUUUACUGGACUUUACUUCGUACAAAUAUGUUCCACUAUUACUGCCAGUUGUAC